UCUCUUUUCUGUAGUGGGGCUGCUAUUUCUUCAACCUCUCCCCCUCUCUCUUUUUAUGAUUUCUACUGUCUGGUAAAGCAAAGUUGUAAAAUUGCACUUCUUUGCUUCUGAAAAAGUUACUUGUAGAGAGAGAGAGAGUGAGAGGCUGACCAACUGAAAUUAUUAUUACUUCAUUUUUCAUUUGCUAUUUCUUCAUCUACUUGUUCUGUUUCUGUUAGUCUGAGAACAUUUUGUUUCAACUCUCAUUUUCUUAAAAUUCUCCUCUUACAAUGUCUGCUGCAUUCUAGUAGAGGAUUAUUUGAGUGCACCAAACUCUUCUCUUUAAACUCUUUAAUUAAGAAGAAGCUUCUCCUUAAAGCAACAGCAAGAAGAAUAACAACAAAUAUGUUGUCUUCAAAACCCAAAUCUGAUGCUGCACCGCCAAACAAAACCUCGCCUGCUACCCCUAAGAUUAGCAAAAUAGCAAGGGGAGUAUCAAAACCUGACAGUGGUUCACCUUCACCAGUGGCAAAUUCGCGUCUUGGUACACCUUCUCCCGCACACAAUUCACGUCUCUCAAUUGAACGAUCCCCAAAAACAGCUGAAUCAAAAACUCCUACUGAUCGGAGACCUCCUAGGGUUACUACUACAACACCAACUGAUAAACAACUGCCACGCACAGCAAAAGGAUCAGAGCUACAAGCUCAAUUAAAUCAAGCCAAGGAAGAUCUGACGAAAACAAAGGAGAAAUUAGCAUUGAUUGAGAAAGAGAAAGAUCAAGCUCUUGAGGAGUUAAAGGAAGCGAAGAGAGUUGCAGAGGAGGCAGAUGCGAAACUUGGGGAAUCCAUUGUUGCUCAGAAACGAGCGGAAGAAAACACUGAGAUUGAGAAAUUCCGAGCUGAUGAACUGGAGCAAGUGGGAAUUGAGACUUCUCAAAAGAAAGAAGAAGCAUGGACUAAGGAGCUUGAAGCUGUACGAAGUCAACAUGCUGUUGAUGUGGCUGCUUUACUGUCUACCACUCAGGAACUGCAAACUAUUAAGCAGGAAUUAGCCAUGACCGCGGAUGCAAAGAACCAAGCGUUAAGUCAUGCCGAGGAUGCUACCAAGAUCGCAGAAAUCCAUGCUGAGAAGGUGGAGGUGCUCACUGCAGAGUUGGGUAAAUUGAAGGCCUUGCUUGAUAUAAAGGUGGAGAGAGAAUCCAAUGAGACCUCUGAGUUGGUAAAGAAGCUCGACAUUGAGGUUGACUCUCUUAAAGAAGAAGUCAAGAAGUCUGAAGCUGCUGUGGCGAAAUUAGCUGAAAGUGAAGAGCUAAUUGAACACUUACAGCAAGAACUCGAAAAAUCCAAAGCUGCCGAGGUGACUUUGGCAACCGAAAGUGAAGAGCUUAUUGGACAAUUAAGGCUAGAGGUUGAUUGUUUGAAGAUAGAAGUCAGCAAAUCGAAAACUGAUGCGUCUAAGUUGGUCGAAAAUGAGAUUCUGAUUGAAAAUGCGAGGGUUGAAGUUGAUUCUCUGAAAAAAGAACUUGAGAAAUUGAAAUCCGUCGAAGAAAAAUUGGCAGAAAGAGAAGCCCUAGUUGAACAUCUAAGGAUUGAUAUGGAUUCUCUUAAAGAAGACCUCGAGGUAUCAAAAUCUACGGAAGCAAAGCUGGAAGCUAAGUUGGCUGAAGGAGAAGCUCUGGUUAAGGAAUUAAAGGUUGAUGUAGAAACUGCAAAGCAAGCUGAACUUCAUGCGAUUAACUUGGUGGAGGAGAUGAAGAAGAAAUCCCAAGAUUUAGAGAUUCGAGUCGAGGAAGCAAAUCGGUCUGAGAAAUCUGCAUCAGAGUCUUUGGAUUCUCUUAUGCAACAACUAGAGGGUAAGAUUGGUUUAUUACAGGACGCUGAGUCUGAUGUAGAAUCUCUUAAAGAGCAGGUUGGAUCCUUGGAGAUUUCAAUUGCGAGAGCAAGAGAAGAUCUCGAUGAAUCAGAAAAACGUUAUGAUACAGUGAAAAAGGAAUAUUCUGAAAUGGCCAAGACAAUUGAAUUUCUCAAUGCCGAGCUAGAAACUGUCAAGGAAGAAAAAAUGCAAGCUUUAAACCACGAGAAACUUGCAGCUUCAAGCGUUCAGAACUUGUUGGAGGAGAAAAACGAGCUUAUAAACAAGUUGGAAGCUUCUAGGGAUGAUGAAGACAAGAGUAAGAAGGCGAUGGAAAGUUUAGCAUCGGCUUUACAUGAAGUUUCUUCAGAAGCAAGAGAAGCCAAGGAGAAGCUUUUAGUCACUGAAUCUGAUUUAAAAACUGCAGAGGCUGAAAUAGAAGACUUACAGAUGGUUUUGAAAGAAACAAAUGAGAAGUACGAAAACAGACUUGACGUAUCCAGAAAUGAAAUUGAUCUCUUAUCGAACACUAUUCAUCAAUCCAAGCUUGAAAUUGAGAAUUCUAACUCUGCUUGGGAGGAAAAGGAGAAGAGUUUUGUAACUUCCAUAAAGCAAUUGGAAGAAGAAACUUUAUGUGUAAGGAACGAAACCGAAAGGUUGGUUAGCUUACUCAAAGAAGCAGAAGAGGAAGCUAGGGUUGCCAAGAAGGAUGGAAUUCAGAUGCAGAUUAACCUAGAAGAAGCAGAAUCUGAGGUUAGUUCUCUGAGGGGACUGGUGGAGGAAGUUAAAGUUGAGAGCAUAGUACUGAAGGAUGGGUUGUUGGACAAAGAGAAUGAACUGCAGAGUAUCAUCCAUGAGAAUGAAGAGCUUCGAGUUAAAGAAGCCAAUGCUCGAGAGAAAGUGGAGGAGUUGUCUAAAUUUCUCGAAGAAGUAACUGCGAAAAAGAACACUGAAGAAAAUGGAGAUGUUUCCGACAGUGAAAAAGAUUAUGAUUUGCUCCCUAAAGUGGUAGAAUUCACAGUGGAGAAUGGAAAUACAGCUGAAAAGGAAAACUCGGUGUUGCAAACUCCAUCUCAAAAUGUUGAAGAACACACAAAAGAUGAUCUUUUGGAGAAUUUGCGGAUUGGAAACGGUAAUCACAAAGAAAAAGAAGACAAUACAGUUGAACUUGAGCCUAAAAUGUGGGAGAACUUCAAGAUUGGUGAGAAAGAUUACUUGCCAGAGAAGGGAACUGAACAUGAAUCAGUUGAUGACGAUGUUGAAUCUAAGAUGGAUGAUGAAAGCCUGGAUCAGGUAAACGGAUUGUCGUCAACGGAGAAUAUCGAAAAUGGAGCAACCUCUCCAACAAAGCAACUUCAGCAAAAGAAGAAGAAGCCGUUGCUGUCUAAAUUUGGAAGUUUGUUGAAGAAGAAGAGCAGCACCAACAGUAAGUAGGAAGCAACAGCGCAACAAUUAUUAGAUGAGCGUGGGGCUGAUGCGCAGGCAAGUUUGAUUAAAUUUUUCAGUUUUUAAUAUUAUCGUGUCUGAUCAGAAGUGUUUGAUUUCCGUAUGUUCCUUGCUUGAAUUCUUUUAAAAUCAGAAUAGGUGAAUAUAUAAGAUGAGGGUGGUUGUUAUUAUUCAUAGAUUGUUUUUUCUGAUGUUAAUUCCUCCUAUGUUGGGAGGAAUACAACGUGUGUUGGGCAUGGCAGUAUUUGUGUAUCUGAAGUUCUUUUCUUGUUCAUGAAAAGGUUUGGCUAGAGUUCUCUAUAUUAAUUAAUUGUAUUUUCUUAUUCUCUUUGCACGAGAAAUCAGUUUAUACUUACAAAACAGUAAACUGUCCGUCUUUGUUUGCAAAUUAUAUGGAAGUAAAGUUAUUAGCUACUAAA